AUGUCCAGCGACUGCUGCAAAUCCGGCUUCAAAUGGGAGGGCACCCCAACAGGCACUGAGGCCACGUUCGCUGGCACCAAGACAUACGUCACCGGAGAAUCUAAGUCCAUCGCUAUUCUCUACAUUCAUGAUAUCUUCGGCUGGACGUUCCCAAACGCAAGGGUCCUGGCGGAUUAUUAUGCCGAGAAGGCAAAUGCGACGGUCUAUGUCCCUGAUUUUUUCGACGGCGAAAUUGUCUCUCCCGAAAUGCUCGAUGAUCCCACAAAGCAGGCUUCGUUCAGCAUCCCCGACUUCAUAUCCCGCCAUUCCAAAGAGCUCAGAUACCCAGCGAUCCUGAAUUUCGCGACAGAGCUCCGAAACCAGUACGAUAAAGUCGGAACUAUUGGGUUCUGCUACGGCGGAUGGGCUGUGUUUCGUCUCGGCGCGAAAGACCAAGGACUGGUGGAUUGUAUAUCUACCGCACAUCCGUCGCUGUUGGAGGACAGUGAGAUUGAAUCCUUAGUGGUUCCGACGCAGAUUCUCUCUCCUGAGCAUGAUUUCGCGUUCACGGAUGAGUUGAAGGAGCAGUGUAAUCAGGUGAUUCCGCGGAAUAAUGUACCCUAUGAGUAUGUUUAUUUCCCGGGCUUAGUGCAUGGGUUUGCGACGAGGGGGGAUCGGAAUGAUGAUGUGCAGAGGGAGGGAUUGGAGAGGGCUGCUAGGUCUGCUGUGAAUUGGUUCAGGGAGUGGUUGCAUUGA